AUGCCUGUGAAUAUCAUUGGCACUGCCAUUGUAAAGGGCACAGAGGCGAUUCCGUACUACCAACAGAUCAAGACUGCUGCCCCAUAUGUAGUAGCUGCGGGAGCUGCAAAGUACUGGUCGCGAGGUGCGACCAACACUUGGGAAAGAAAACUGCAUGGUAAGGUUUACUUAGUCACUGGUGCGUCGAGUCAAGGAAUGGGUACUGCUGUUGUCUUAGAAAUGGCUCGUUUGGGGGCUCAAUUGAUCAUCCUGACAAGAAACGUCGAUGAAUGGGCCACUGACUGGUGCAAUGAUCUGCGGGAAAAGAGUCAGAAUGACCUCAUCUACAUGGAAAAGUGUGAUCUGAGUGACCUAUGGCAAGUGCGUAAGUUUGCCACUGGGUGGCUUGAUAACGCGCCACCUAGGAGAUUGGACGGAGUGGUGGUGAUGUCUGGUGAGAUGGAACCAUGGGGAAUUCCCGUAGUAUCGCCGCCGACAAGAAGAUCAUCGGUCGAUGGGCUUGAAUUGCAAAUGGCUACGAACUAUGUUGGUAUUUUUCACUUACUCGACUUGUUACAACCUAGCUUUAAAGCUCAACCACCUGAUAGAGAUGUGCGGAUCAUCAUAACGACCUGUUGGUUGCAAUCGAUGGGGGAAAUCAAUGUGGAAGAUCCACUAUGGCAAAACGCAAAAUACGAUAGCUCUCUGAAGUUUUUCGCUAGCAGUAAGUUACAACUGUCAGUUUGCAUGCUUGAGCUACAAAGACGGUUAUUGAACGAGAUCAAGAAAAUGCAAAAAGAUGGGAAAGAGGUCAAAGGGACCCAUGUCACCGUAACGUUGGUACAACCGGGUACAAUGAGAUCACACAGUCUUCGUCGGGUUCUAAGCAACGGGUCAGUUUUCUUACUUAUUUUCCUAUACUGUCUAUUGCUCUACCCUCUACUAUUCCUGCUCACCAAAAGUGGUCGGCGUGGAGCUCAAAGUGUGCUGUAUGCGCUAAUGACUCCGGAACUUGAGGAAGUGAACCUACAGGAUGAAAAAGUCAAGUACGUAUCCGAUUGUUCUAUCGUCAAGCUAGCGCGCAAAGAAUUUGAGGAUGAAGCAUUACAAACCAAGCUUUAUGAGAACACUUUACGUGAUAUCAAUGAAUUGGAGAAGAAAAUGGCAUCCAAAAGGAAUAAAGCCAAGACAACCAAGAAGAAAUAG